UCUGGCGCUCCGGCGGUGCCCGGCAGGGCUCACGCGGCUGUCUCGCGCCCGGCACGGCCCUGGUAGGCGAUACCCGGGGCCCGGCUGGCCCGGCCAUGCCGCUGGAGACUCAGGACGCGAUAUACGUGGCUCUGGAGCUCGCCAUCGCCGCGCUGUCGGUGGCGGGCAAUGUGCUGGUGUGCGCGGCGGUGGGCACGUCAAGCGCGCUGCAGACUCCCACCAACUACUUUCUGGUGUCCCUGGCGGCGGCCGACGUGGCCGUGGGGCUGUUCGCCAUCCCCUUUGCCAUCACCAUCAGCCUGGGCUUCUGCACUGACUUCCACAGCUGCCUCUUUCUCGCCUGCUUUGUGCUUGUGCUCACUCAAAGCUCUAUCUUCAGCCUCCUGGCCGUGGCCGUCGACAGGUAUCUGGCCAUCCGCGUCCCGCUCAGGUAUAAAAGUUUGGUCACCGGGACCCGAGCAAGAGGGGUCAUUGCUGUGCUCUGGGUCCUUGCCUUUGGCAUCGGAUUGACUCCAUUCCUGGGGUGGAACAGUAAAGACAGUGCCACUAACAACUGCACAGAGCUCUGGGAUGGAACCAUGAAUGAAAGCUGCUGCCUUGUGAAGUGUCUCUUUGAGAAUGUGGUCCCCAUGAGCUACAUGGUAUAUUUCAACUUCUUUGGGUGUGUCCUGCCCCCACUGCUCAUAAUGCUGGUGAUUUACAUCAAGAUCUUCAUGGUGGCCUGCAGGCAGCUUCAGCGCACGGAGCUGAUGGACCACUCAAGGACUACCCUGCAGCGGGAGAUCCAUGCCGCCAAGUCGCUGGCUAUGAUUGUGGGGAUUUUUGCUCUGUGUUGGCUACCAGUACAUGCCAUCAACUGUUUCACUCUUUUUCAGCCAGCCCAGGCUAAGGAUAAGCCCAAGUGGGCAAUGAACAUGGCCAUCCUCCUGUCACAUGCCAAUUCAGUGGUCAAUCCCAUUGUCUAUGCUUAUCGGAACCGAGACUUCCGCUAUACUUUUCACAAAAUCAUCUCCAGGUAUGUUCUCUGCCAGACAGAUGUCAAGAGUGGGAAUGGGCAGGCUGGGACACAGCCUGCUCUCAAUGUGGGCUUAUGACCUAGGCUCUGGCCUCUUAGAGAAGGUAGAUUCACAAUACAAAGGGACAGGACACAGUUGACUGAAUCUCACUGUGAAAGAUAGCUACACCUCACAGGCAUACAAGCUGUCUCUUCUGUGCACUUGUCUGGAGUUACCACAUAUCUAGCUAAUAUGUACAUGCCAUUAGUAGACUCCAAGGGUCAACAAAUUUAUUUAUGAUUGUUUGGCUGCUCCUAUUGUGUGGAUGAUGCUGAUGGCUUGAAUGGAUUCUAAAAAACUUGUUUUUAAGAGUCUGCCUCAUUCAUGGUAGAAAAUGACUGAAACUGUUUUACUGUGAAACACUGUGAACUAUUUUAAUGCAAAUAUUUUUUUAACUUAGAGGCAAAGGAAGAAUAAAAGUUGGCUGUACUAAUGUAUACUUGUUCCCAGAAAGGCUACCAAGGAAACUAAAAGUAUAAUUCUUUAAUCAAGAAACUUCUGUAUUAAUCUGGGGAUGAUAGUCUCCUAAAUUCCUAAGAAUUAUCAUCAAGUAACAAUUUUAAGCUCCAUUCUCUUCCAUAUACAACUAUACUCUAGAGGAAGAAACUGGAGAAACAGGAUUCUGUCCUCUACUGGAGUCCUCCUUCUAGAGCUAGGUACCGAAUUUUAGUUCUCUAAGUUCAAGUUUGGCCAAACUGUUGGAACUCAAGAGUGUGAGAAUUUUCCUAAGCAAAAUUAUGUAAUUGUGUAUGUAUA